UAGUGGUACUAGUAGAGUUGUUUCAUACUCAUACAACGAACAUCAACAACUAAGGAAGUAGAAGGGGUUUAGGUUUUUCAGUGGUCCGCUUGAGACGAAGUUCAUGACUUUGUGGUGUUGUUUCUUAGCCAUCGGAACCUGAUAUCGGCGGUUUUUCUGAUAAUGUUUAUAUAUUAGUUAUUUGAGUAUAUAUAUGCACUUAACUAAUAUUUAUAUUUGGAUCAUCUUACUCUGGAAUAGUUUCGUCGACCCACGUGAUCACGUUUAUCAUGUCAAAGUAUGCUGUAGUCCGAAGGUUUCGCCUUGUGGCUGCGUCCAGCUUGUCGUGGAGCCUCGACUUCUUCCUCGGACUCAAAGAGCAAGGCCAAGCCCGGCGGCAAGAAGCGCCAGAACAAGAAAAAGAAAACCACUGGAGCCGGAGGUGAAGAAGAGCUGGCCAAGAAAACCUCCACCACAGCGUCACCCACGGACCCAAAAGAGGAGAACGAUGGAAAAAAGUCGCCAAACCCAGGAGCAGCUGUAGCUCCUGAAGACGGAUCCUUGCAUCUGCAGACACAGAAAGAGAAAGGCGAUCUUGUGAAUCAACACCAACAGCAACACCAAGUCCAACAGCCCCCGUCUGGCAGUGCUGAAGAGGAAGACGAGACUCCAAUCAAAGUUGCCGCUACUGACGAUUGGAGUGUAGUCUUCCUCCUCGUCGUCGGCGUUUUUGCACAUGCCUCGUCGGAUGGGAACCAACAGUCCGAAGUCGAUGUUGGCGCGAACACAACGGGGCGUCCUCAUCGAGAAUUCAGCGAUGAUCCAGGAGACGCGGAAGUCGAUGUUGGCACGACUACGGAUUCAAGGAACAGCACAGAUACAGGUAAAAAUCGCACUGGAGAGAUACAUCUGACUACGAGCCUCGGUCCAGCAGACCUACUGGAAACGGUGUUGUUAGAGAAGGUGGUGGAGUAUCGCGGCAUUCGGGCAGUCCUAUGUGCUGGUUGUUGGAGGAAGAUAGAAAAGGAUGAGGAUUCUCGUGCGGUAGAAGAUCGAGAAACGAAAGGGGAAGAAGGUCAUCUACAAAAAUAUCAACUGGUUGAGGAUGAUGCGGCACGUUGCUAUCGUGGAAAUCAGGGUGAUGAUGAUGUACCGUUCCCCCAUGACGAUGAUGAUGCUGGCUCGCGCAUGGUGGGCUUAAGUAUUCCCUUCAGAAGAGAAGCCUCCCUAUAAUCCAGAGCAAGUCGUAGGGGAGAAGGUAGCAUUGCCAUCGACGAACGAAAAUUCCCCAGAGGACAACAAUGACGAGCAGGUGGCAUUUUCGGGCAGAAAUUAAGUACGCCGAUAGGCUGUUUCUUAGGCUCGGUCCUGGAUUAGGAUCGGUAUACAAGGAAGACCUUAAGGGCUUUUGUUGCUGGUAUCGCCAGUGCUGCAACGCGAAGUCCAUCAUAUUGGAGGCAAAGGAGAGCGACUAUUUAGCAAGGGUGCGGCUGGAGC